UAUGAAGCCUUCAGUUCUGCUGAUGCAGGCACGCAACUAAUGUGUUGGGGUCCUCUUAUAAACUUUUUGAGUACAGCAUUCAACGAGUGUUCCACUCAAGCCCAUUGACGAGCAAUAGACACGAGUGUAACACUCGUUGAGUGUUCCGGUCAAAGAGUUUCGUGCAACGCCAGUCACCGUGGCCCAGACAGUGCGCGCACGACGAAUACCAAACUUUGGUUUGGUGUUCCUGGAGCUACAUCCGCAAAUGAAACCCACAAAUCAUCAGUGCAGAAAUAACUGGAAUGGAAAUGGAGCUGUCCCCAAAGUUCAGUGGUCAACUCCCGAGUGUGAAAUUUGAACCGCCUCACGCUGCAUUCGUACUGGACCAGAUCCAGCAGCAGCACUGCAGUAAGUCCGCACUAGGAGCAACAGAGAUGUACCGCAUUAAAGAAGAACCUCAAGAGGACUGUUCAAGUCAACAUCCCAUCAUACAAGUGAAGACUGAGCCUUACGACACUCCAAUCUUGAUGGAACAGGACCCAAUGGAGCACAGCCAUGACUCACAGUCUGAAGACUCAACAGCAAGCACAGUCACGCCUAACGUUAAGGAGGAGACCACAGACACUAGUGAUUCAGCGUCGUCUGCUAGCCAGGAACAUCAUGAGGUUGUGCACAAUUUUAAUGGGUCCAAACAGCAACUCGUCGCAACACAGGAUCAGGUGGGAGAGGAGAGCCUCGAGCGCAUCCUCAGUCCAGCUGCAUUCUUCCUGUCUGAGAGUGCGAGGGACCAUACGCAAGAGCACCCUGGUGAGAAGCCAUACAAGUGCGAUCUCUGUCCUGCAGCAUUCAGCCACAGCGCGCAGAUGCAUCGUCACAAGAGGACACACACAAGCGUAAGGCCCCACAAGUGCGAUCUCUGUCCAUCUCAGUUCACCAGGCUGCACCACCUGAAGGAUCACAUACGGACUCAUACUGGAGAGAAGCCAUUCAAGUGCGAUAUCUGUCCUGCAGCGUUCAUCCAGAGCACGCACUUGCAGCAUCACAAGAAGACACACACGGGCGAGAAGCCAUACAAGUGCGAUCUCUGUCCUGCACAGUUCAUCCAGAGCACACACCUGCAGCGUCACAAGAAGAAGAUACACACCGACCAGAAGCCACACAAGUGCGACCUUUGCCCUGCAGAGUUCGUCCGAAGCGCGCACCUGCAGAGUCACAAGAAGACACACAUGGGCGCGAGGCCAUACAAGUGCGAUCUCUGUCCCUCUGAGUUCACCCAGCUGCACCACCUGAAGGACCACAUACGGAUUCAUACGGGUGAGAGGCCGUACAAGUGCGUUCUCUGUCUUGCAGAGUUCAGACACAGUACACACCUGCGACGUCACAAGAACACACACACCGGUGAGAAGCCACACAAGUGCAAUCUCUGUCCUGCAGAGUUUACCUACCUGCAUCAGCUGAAAGAUCACGUGCCGACUCAUACGGGCGAGAAGCCGUACAAGUGUGAUUUCUGUCCCGCGGAGUUUGGCCGGAGCAGGAACCUGCAGCGUCACAAGAAGAGACACACAGUGACGAAGCCACAUAAGUGCGAUAUCUGUCCUGCAGAGUUCAGACACUUCACAGACCUGCAGCAUCACACACAUACACACACACAGGCAACAAACUCUAAGAAAAAACUAUUCCCGCUUGGAACUGCGCCUUCGAAGGAAGUUAGCUGAGGGACUGUAAAGGCCUGCUUAAAUGGUCCAUUAACUAUUUCUAGUGUACACAGUUUGGAAGCCACUUCUAAGAAGUAAGUUCACAUUAAAGCAACCUGGGUACAUAGCAAACCCGAUAAACAGUGUUACUGAAGCCAUAUAAAAAUUAUGCGUACGUUAGACUGCGCACAAUACAUAUAAAGGUGGCCAAUAGAUUUCAUUUGCCAGUGGUGUUUUUGGCACCACAAAAAUGAAGAAAUCAAGUGCACUGAAGAAGCCUGUGCUAUGCAAGAAAGUAAUUUACUCAGUCCCUCUGUCAUGCGGGAGAAAGUAUGUGGGGCAUACGGGAAGGCACCUCAAUGCUAGGUUGAGGGAACACCGUGCCACCCUUACGGGCACAUUCUCAGGGCAUUUAGUUGCACACUAUAACAUGCGUGGCCGUGUACCAGGGUUUUGGAACGCAGUUGUCGUAGAGAAAUCUACCAAACAAAAAGUGAUGGAGAAGUAUUGAGGCCUACCAGAUUGAUAAGUUAAGGGGUACACGAGCAUCGGCGAGCCUUCUGUUGGCUUGUAUAAGAAGAUGUUUUAAUUCCUCGUUAGGUUUCCGGCCUGACAUGAUCGUGAGUGCCAAUGUUUCGGCAGAACCAGUUUUCUUUACAACUAGGAAAGACUUGAAAGCAGGGUGCCCAUGUCAUGUUCAUUAAAUCCCUCUGUGUCACCCAUCA